UAUUUUCAUUACAUCGGAACAGUUUCAAGACAAGACUAGUGUUAAUCAUUUUCUUACCGUCUUUGUUGAUCGUAUCAAAGAGAAGAUGCAGGCUAUCAACGUUUUUGUGGUUUUGGUGAUCGUAGCUCUUUUUGGGCUAAUUUUUGCGGCACCUGCUGAAGAGCUAUCAGGAGUUGAGCAGCUCCCCGCGAUGCUGGUGCGGUCGGGGCCGGCGCAGCUGGCGCUAGGCUCGCCGCAGCCGCGCCAGUGCACCAACAGCGCCUGCGCCAACCUGUGCCGCGCGCUCGGAUGGACCAACGGCUUCUGUCUCGACGCCGAGUGGUGCCUCUGCUACAACUAACCUAAAACACUGUCGCACGAGCAUUCAUUCAUUUAACUAACACC